AUGAUCACUCUGAAGUUUGCGAGAACACUGUUCGCUUUCACGUUCUUCGGGGCGUUCACCGACCUGCAGAUGAUGCUCUUCUCAGCACUUCCUGGACCACUGUCGAACCUCUACAAUCAGACGUUCAUUCGACACUACGGCAUACAACUUGAUUCUACUGUGUGCAUUCUGGGUCUGUCGUCAUGCGCCUUUCAAGGCUUUGGUGGGUGGUUUGGCAGUGCCGAACUUUUCAUUGUGGGACAACUACUCCUUGGCUUGUCGAUCCCGAUCAAGCUAGUUGUGGUUUCUCUCUUUGUGACAGAGUGCGCUCCGGACAAGCACAGAGGUAUGUUCUGGUCACUUAUGCUGAGCUGGUUGAGUACCUUACUUGUCACUCCGCUGACCUUCCUCAGUACCUUCGCCAUCGACAAGUUUGGACGUAGACCGGUCGUAUUUAUUGCGGCCACUAUCAUCUUCCUCAAAAUUCUCAUUAUGUUUGCCGCUCAGAUGUUGGUUUUCGUUAUAUCCCCGUCAUGGAUCACGAUGACUAUGGCGACAGCCAACGAAUUCGCCUCAGACUUGAUCAGCUGUACAGGAGCAGGAGCCGUGGCUUCGUUAUUGAUAGCUGAACUUGUUCCACCGGCUGCUCGUGUUGCAGUGCUGCUCUUUGUACCAUUGGCGUCCACCGUACCAACAAUGACGUCAUUCCCGGUGCUGAAUGCGAUCUUUGCACCAGCUGUCUACGUUCCCAUGCUCAUAUGUCAACCCUUUCUGAUCGGUUAUCUUAUCAGGCAAACACGCGUCUCUCGAUCUCGGAAAACACACCGCUCCUGA